GCUGACCAAUGUGCUGACCACCCGCUUAGCUGAAGCCUCUUUUGUGCCUUUUCUCAAGCCUCAUCGCUCGCGCGCUGGAAGUGCAUUCUAUAGACCACGCGGGCGCAGGGCCGACGGGAUACCAUGGCUGAAGCUGGGGCGAGCCGAGGGCCGGGUGAAGAGGGCCAGCAGGUGUUCCACGGCACAGGCUAUUGCAAGUGGUUCAACGUGCGCAUGGGCUUUGGCUUCAUCGCCAUGACGAACCGCGAGGGCCAGCCGGUCGACCCGCCGCAAGACGUCUUUGUCCACCAAAGCAAGGUGUUCAUGGAGGGCUUCCGGAGUCUGCGCGAGGGCGAGCCGCUCGAGUUCAGCUACCGCAAGUCGGCCAAGGGCCUGGAGACGAUCCGCGUGACGGGCCCCGGCGGGGCGCCGUGCGCGGGCAGCGAGCGCCGGCCCAAGGGCAAGGUGGUGCCCAAGCCGCGACGGCCGCGCGGAGACAGGUGUUACAACUGCGGGGGGCUGGAUCACCACGCUAAGGAGUGCACCCUGCCACCGCAGCCCAAGAAGUGCCAUUUCUGUCAAAGCACCAGCCACAUGAUGGCCAACUGCCCGAUUCGGGGUGCGGGAGGCCCUCCAGCCGGGCCCUCUUCCGGACCGGGCCACUUCGGCCCUCACCCCGAGUCAACCUCGUCCCACUCUCCCUGACCCCCCCACCCCUGACCUCCACCCCCCGGCUCCCCCCCCCCCUACCCCACUGGCAGAAGUGGGGUAAACCCUCAACGUUGCCAAAAGGAUGGUGGUUCGUUUGUGUUUUUAGAAAGAUUUUCUAGGUCUGUCUGUGUGUGUGUGUCUGUGUGUGUGCGUUUUCAGUAAACAAUUUUUUUUUAAGUUUUAAUUUUUUUUCAUUUCGAAAAUCGUUUUUUUUGCAUUUUUGUUAAGUAUUUAUCUUUUACAAGAGUUCGACUUUUACAGGUUACUUUGUUUUUUUUUAUGCUACUAUCCUCGUAGCUAUUUGAAGGACAUGGAAUGUAUGGAUUAGUCUUGACGUAUCAGUAAAUACCAGGGUCUGUGCUUAUUUAACAAUUCUUAAUUGGCGCUUCCUUAAUUAACGAACAAAAAAUUGUGAAAUACCUGUCAUUUUAUUCAUAAUUAACCUCAAAGUAAUACGUUCACUAAUUUUAAAUUAACACUUUGUCUUAAGAGUUUAAUCUUAAAUUAACCCUGACCUAACAGUCCCUGGUAACAAUCAAUCAGAAACCCUAAUCAAUGACGAGUAUCAAAAUAUAAAUAAGAUUACGAUUUCAAUCAUUUUAUUAGAGAUAGUACAUUAGGAUUAACAAGGAAAAUAUUUUUACAAGAUGUGUUUUAAUGGAGGGUAAAUGACGUGUUACAAAACUUUUUAAAUAGGCUUACAUUUUUAAAAAUGAAUUAAUAUAAUCUCUAAGUUUAUUACUUCAUCUCCAAAUAUUGAUCAUUGCCUCCGAACAAAUUGACUUUUACAAAGUGGGGCAAAUAAUAUUACAAGACAGGGCAUUAUAUUGAAUACCUUCAGAGUAUUUUGUAAGAACCCAGGUCCUUUGUUUGGAGGGAAGUAAAAAAAAAAACAGAACAUAAUUCGACUUUUAAUUAUUUUUACUUUCGGGUUCAAUCGUUUUUUGUUGUUUUUGGAGGUGAUCUUCGUGAAACAGCUACUUAUUAUUUGCUAAGACGACAAAAGGCCUCUGUGGUGGCAUUCUUAACGGGUACCUCUUGGCGGUGUCGUACCUCGAUGGAGGGUCCCGCAGUGGUCACCCUCCUCACACAGUUUCGCCAAUCCUCCGUUUGACCACUGCCCAGUUGUAGUCCAGCCGGUAGCGUAACCACAACCUACAGUUUACCUCAUUUGAAUGGUGUUAUCUUGAAAACAUGGCUGAUGCCAUGCACAAUAAUGAUGUACAAUAAUGUACAGAUUUUUUUAAAGAAAAUUGUUAUUCUUGUUGUCAGUUUACGAAACAAAUGUCAAUUACGGUACUACACUGCGGUUCUUUACUUACAGGUCACGAAUAUUAUAUUUCGGAUACAAAUGUGUACGACGUAGAAUACUAACCAAGGUUAUUAUUAUUUGAAAAUAUUGAUCAUCUCUAGGCGAUUGUUACUUUUGAUGUAGCCAUUCAAGUUGUUUACAUUUUAAAUAGCUACAGUGUUAGCGUUAUGUUUGAUGUCUGCCAUAGCCGACUGGAAUUUCUGGUGACGGUGGAGAUGUCAUUUAGAAUUUACCAUCGACUGCUUGCGUGGUGAAACGUUGCACAAAUCUCUGCAGCGGGACAUUCAAACCAAAACUUGCUUGCAAUUGGCUAAAGGGGUGUGGGGGUCUAAAUGGUGUGACUGACAACCAUCAACAUAUUGGGCUCUAGGAGGGAAAAAAGUUAAUUCGCUUUGAUUGUAAUUCCAGUAUGUUCUGCGUAACCCCCUUAAACAACUUUUGGUUAAGUCCUUUGGGGCGUACAACAUUGGUUUUAGCCGACUGCAAAUCGAUGUGAUCACGUGUGGGUUUCAUAAGCCAAUUGCAAGUUCUUGAACAUUUCAAACGAGUCCUUUAUUCACAGGACGUACAUUUAUUUCAAUGAGAAGUUGAAGCCUAACAGCAUGAAGGUUACAUUUCUGCUUGAGUACUGUGUGGUUUUGGGACAGGCUGAAGUGCUCACUUCUGUCAGCCUGUAGUCCGCGUGAGUUCUGUACAUUUUUCCUGGAUUUGGUUUCUCAUCAUCGAGCGUCACUCUUGGCUCAAGAAUAAAGCUGCUUUAGGCCCAGGGCCGAGGGGCAGGAGAUUUUUUUCAAUGCUCACCAGUGGAGGCCCUCGAUAGGUUACCUUGUCAGGAAAGUGCCUAGGCUUUGUAGGCCUCAUGCAACUAAAAGACCCAAGAUUCUACUGAAUGUUAUUUUUGUUUGUUUUCGUGGCUUUGUACAAUCCUACCUCAGUGUCAACUUUUACCAAAAAAAAUUCUAAAAUCUGAAAUUUUAAAACUUGAAUGUUAAGUUUUGAAAUCGUUAUCGCUGUGUUGUGUGUUGCUGCCUUUAACAGAGGUGAAGCACAUUAUUUUAAUUGUUUUUACUGUUUUCACGUGUUUUUUUUUUAACAUACGAUUGUAUUCCUCAUUUGUGUCGAUCCGAUACAAUGGUUCCGGUAGCAUGUCCGCGUUCGCUCGUCAUUUACAUUCACGUACCAUAGCAAUCCUUAAACGAGCAGCGAAUGUUAACAUUCGGCAAGAACAACAGUCAGCACGUUUACGGAUUCCAUUGCGCUUCUAAAUUCAAGCUUAUUUCUUUACAGUAUACGGCAGCGCGUUUACCUUAGAUGUAUUAAGUAUCUACAAAAAUUACCAAUAGAAUGUAGAGUGAAUAACAAAACAACACAUUUGCAGCGGGGUUUUAUUUUCGUGUAGACGGUGGCCCAUGCCAUUCCCUAUUUCGCAUAACCCAGUGAACAUGAAACGUUGGGCUGACACCUGGAACAACGUUGCACGUGUACUGGGGUAGUGCUAUUGGUUGAAAGUCACAAAUAUAAAACACUACACAAGUUAAGUGAGUUUGACUGCAGUAAAAAAAAAAAAGCUUAACUUUGAUGUACAUUCCUUUUUUUUACUUUUAUAAUUUUUCUACUGUUUUUAUCGCAACACUCAUCGUAAUCCUGACGGAAAUCAUGAAAUCUAAUUCCUCCCAAUUGGACCAUUCUCCUUCCUGAGUGGUGUUUCAGCCACUGCCGGGUGAUGAUUGGGGCUUCUCAGUGGUAAAGUUCAGUUUGACCCAAUCUCCAUAAUAGAGGUUUUUGGAGAAGAUUGCGUAAAUAUAAAUGUGUCGCGAAAAAAAAAACGUGGCAAUUCGUGACUAGUUCAGCACAUCGGUGUGUUGGAGUAAACCCACAACAUUAAACUGACUAACCUGUAUGGGGAGAAUACAUUUUUCCUCAAACCAUAAAAAAUUAGUACUCAAAUGGUAAAUGUGGCAGGUUUAACGACGCAUGUAUACCUGUGCGAUCUAACCCAAUAACCUCUUAUGGAUAAUAUUGGUCGCGAAAGCCUACGUGUUCAUUUGACCAAGUUUAUUGACAGUUGAGACCCAUUCAAUGAACAUUGACCAUACGCUAGCAUCUGAAAGUCGUAAUACAAUUCAAACAUGUAUAUAUCAUACAAUUAUGGUAGACAUAGAAAGUUUGUUAUGCUUUAUUCUUUGCAGAUUUGGUUUUUUUCUUUUUGCUAAUGACCGCAAGGUUGUUAGAGCUAACUACUGAAAUGUACUAAACACUGAGUUACGAUAUCACAAUUAAGCAGCCUGGGUGCCAUUGUUUGGACUCUAGGAAGAAUUCAUGGUGUGAGCAAAGCAUUGUCAGGCACUCACUUUUAAUACAUUAUUAUAAUUAUUACAAGCCGUUCUCUUCAAAAGACCAUUUUUAUAUAAUUAUCGUGGUUUUACCCAUUUCAACAUUAGAUUCACGUUUUGUAUAUUGUUUUAUUACACAUUCAGUUUUUUCCAAAAGGUUGGAUGGCAAAUUUGUGAAUGAAUGUUGCCAAAAGAGGCUUUUGUCAAGAUAUAUGAAUGUAAAAAGAAAAGAGGAAAAAAAUCGUCUUGUUCCUGUUUAAACAGGCGGAAAUAAUACAACAUCUGUGUGCGCGUGUGGCAGUGUUUAAUCGAGCGGUGGUGCAGCGAUUAGCGUGCUGCGCUACGAACCUGGUGACCCGGGCUCGAUUCCCGCUCACAGCCAACAUCAGCGACGAUUAUCUGAACCGGUCCUGGGCCUCCCCGAAGUCGACAGCCUCAAAUGAGUACCUGGUGCGGAGCGUAAAAACAUCGCUACCAGGGAGACAAAGGCGGCUGGACGUGGUGCUGGCCACCCACCCCUUCGUGUUCCGUUCUGGCCUUCAUAGGUGUUCGCUAACAGCACUUGCCCCAACAGUCUGUUAAGGCUAUACACGGGGGAUCGUUGUUAAUCGAGCUGCCAAAGCAAGGCACAAGACAUUCGCCUCUGAUGUCAUGAUCAGUCUACAAGCCCAGACCAAAUGCCACUUUAGCAAUGUCCAAUUCCUUGGCCUGGCCAAUAAACGGUGGAUUACGUGAUGACCACUUCGGGUUAUGAAAUGAGUCGCUCGUAUUAGCCGUUUUAAGUGAAUCGGUACUGCUAAAGUCUUUGCAACCUUAACUGGUAUUGAAUUCUGCUCUGAUGCACGGACUCGAUGUCUGUGCAUGCUUUGUUAUUGAAAGCUGCAAACUUAUUAGCAGAGCAACAAUUUCUGCCAGUUACGAGAAUGGACUCAUCCCUGGUCGGGCUCUUCUUUGCAAGUUCGAAUCGCUUAGACAAUGGAAUUGUAGCCUCCUUUAUCUCAGAGACAGAGAGAUAUAUAAGAGGUCUCAAAGCGGAGAUGUCCUUUCGAAGGGAGUCAAGGAGACUUGGCUGGCCAUUAGCUGGUUGUUGUAAACGUUGCUGCCGAGACGAUAACACAGCAUAUUGUAGAUCUGAAGCUUUCGUGACUGCAAGGAUUCAUACUCUCAGGUUUUUUCGGUAAAGUCACGUAGGUAAAAAAUAAAUAAUGAAAAUAAUAGAAAUAAUAAUAGAAAUGAAAUAAUAAAUAUUGUAUUUAAGAGCUUGGAAUUUUGCCUCACUUGAUACAGUAAAUUUAGCUGUGACGGUCCCACCUGAUGACGGAGACUUGUGUUGCCUCCGAAACUUCGUGAUUUAUUAUUUUAUUUCUAUUUCUAUAAAUUGUAUUAUUAAUUUUUACCUACGUGACUUUACCGAAAAAACCUAAGAGUAUGAUAACACAGCAAUGUGCUCUUGCGCGUUCCAUUCCAAACACGGGGGAACUGUACACUUGGACACACUUGGCCACACGUGGCAGAUGAUGUUGUGUGAAUGGAGAGCGAAUGGCUCUGCUGCCCAAUUGCUUUGCUGGUUUGGUGACUGACGCACCCUGCCGAUGCUAGGACAUCCUCAACAAAAGUGUACGCGGUAGUGAUGAAGAGAGGGAAAAACAAGGACAUAGGGUUUAAAAUUCGACUUGGGGACUUCCUUUGAAAUUUAAGCGACGGAUAAGUCUUGAGCAUGCUUUGUUUGCAUUUAAAAAAUAAUUGGGAGGAAUGAAAUGGUAAACAUUUAAAAACAAAAAAUGAGUGUCCAUUGUUACCAUAUAAUUCUAUAAAGUCAAAAAAGUGUCUAAGGUUAUGCACAUUUUUUUUUUACUCAUUUGUAUGAGAAUUGCAUUUGUAGGGGCGUGAAUUGGAAGUGGUAACAUCUAUUAAUGGUGUUUUCCUUCCUCGUCCAAGUAAAUAUGAAGAAAAGACACAAAAAAGAUUGAAGGAAAUUUUAAUGGAAAUUGAUCAAAUUCAGCCAAAGCUAAAGAAUUAUUUUGUCAAGUAUUUUUAAUGAUGUGGAAUUUAACGUGGCAUUUUAGAUUUUGCGGGUUGCAUUAUGGUAUGCGCGAGCUGUAUCUAUAAUUUGAUGCUGUGUCCAUAUUGUUUAAAGUAUUAUCUGUGUUUAUAGCAUGCGUGUGAUUAAUUAUUCUUGGAAUUCAAAAACAAAGCUCAAGAUAUAAAAAUGCAACGUUAUGGUACAAACAUGACACGUAGCUGGUUGAGAUGGGUUACAUGUCAUUGGCUCCAUGGAUAUAAUUCUUGCCCUCUGGCGAGAGACGCGUGAGGGUGAGAGUACGGCGCUGUAGGGUUGUCACAAAAUUGCUGGGGUGUGUUUGGUCGCUCCAUUACGAAUGCUAACCGUUGUGUGCUGGGAGUGGCGUGCUGAAUCUUGUGGCGCGUUCGACUUAAUUAGAAGUUUAGGAUCGUUGAGUAGACCGUCCGUUGCCGGCACCGCCAAUGCAAGAAUUUCCUACCAAAGCGUGACCUGAUGCUGCUCGUCACAGCAAGUGUAGAGACGGCGGCGGUGUGUGUGUUGUUUCGUGUGGUCGUGCGUUCUCGUGCGCGCGUGCGCCGUCUUUCUCUCUCUCUCUCUCUUGUAUUAUUGUCCUUUCUUGAUAUAUAACCGAAUCUUUUUCAAAGUGUAAUCUCAGGACCGUGUGUGUGCGCUACUACUCAGGGAUUGUGCUGGCAAAUAUUCAGGGCUGGAAAUUGAAGUAGUUUUAAACGGAUCUUUUACCAAUGUGUACGACGACGUUUGUGUCCUGCACGCGCGCGCAGGACGAGUGGCUUGACUUUGUGCGCCCCUUGGUGGCUGACGAGACGGUAGCAAUGAUGCAGUGGGAUCGCGAGGCCCACGUCUCUAUCUCUCUUUCCGGGGUUCGAUCUCCCCCCGAGGAGUGCAAGAUCAACGCAAGUGAAAUCGCGCCAAUGCGAAUCUCAUUCUGGCAACAGUUUUGAAUAUAGGCAUUAAAAACGAAGUCGGUACUGCACAAUUACACCAGGAGGCAAUUUAAAUAAUGUACGGGGCGAACAAGUUAUAGAUGUCCCGGUAAAAUAAUCGGGUGACAAUAUGAGAGGAAACAACAUUUUAUUGUUGUUUCCAAUCUCUCCGCACGUGUUUCAUCUCGUAACGCUAUCCCCCCGUGCGACACGGAGCCAUCGCUUUCACAAUACUCAAUCAGCUGUUGAGUAGGAAGUAAGAGAGGGGCAUCGGAAAUCAGUUGGGUAUCUAAACAAUGUAUUGCCACCCCAUAUUUACAUAACACCGAUUUGAUUUUUUGACAGAGCGGGCCUCUUCGCAGGGGCAUCUGACAGCGAUAUGCGCCUUACGUCUCAUUUUAAAGAGCUUCCCUUGGUGGGAGAUGUCUCUGGGCACAAGGUGGCUCAGCCUGCAAAUGGGCAUUAGGUGGAGGUGAGGGGGACGUGGGGGGGGGAAUACUUGCUCGGUGUAAAUUUUGGAUAUUUUUGUUCUAAUUUGGCAAAUUUGGAGCAUGACACCGGCACACAAGAGCCACGUAGACUUGUUCUAAUUACUCCAGGGGGUCUUCUAACGUGCACUGUGAAGCGGAUGGCGUGUAGUGUUAUUAUGGUUAUCACAACCACAGUAUUAAUCAGGGAGCCCGCUGGGCUCGAACCCCAAAGGACAUGCCGUUCUUAAUAAUAUAAUUUAAGGCUCGUUGAGAAUGGUUCAUUGUUGUGUUGCUCUGGUUAAUCCGAACAAUUCACGUGUGCAUUUCGCACACACACAAAAAAGUCCUGAAAUUUAAUCGAAUGGUUUUGAUGUUCCGCAACACAUUUUUAAAAUAUUUUUUACCUAGCACAAUGAUGGGGUUAUGCCAGUUGGCUCUGCAGUUGCCGUUGGCUGAUGAUAUUAUACCACGCUGUGUAACGCUUUAUAUCAAAAAGGUUCGUAAUGAACGACGAUGGCUGUGCGUACACGUACAGCCCUUCGUCAAACCACUGCUGAAUGAGGGCCACGACGAGAAUGGACAAAUCGUACAAUAAUCGAUAAGCCAUAGAAACGUUCAAAUAAUCGCCUCUUUUUAUAAGAAAAAUUUACCCUGUAAUAUCUCCGAGUGAGUAUCCGUAAAUACAAGUCACCGUAAAGCUUGUUUAAAAAAGAAAGUAUGUUCCUUUAUCAUUUUUCAUGCAAAAAGGACUUACUGUAAUACAGUACUGUAUCCUAAAUUCCCGCUUGAAAUAAUCUCCGUAAUUUGAAAUUAGUCGACUCGAUUAUCCACGUUAAUGAUGGGGAGGACGGAUGCGGAUAAUUCUAAAUCGCGCAUAAUCCAAAAAUAUCUAUUUUCCACAGAUCCACUAAUACAUGUAUAAAUUAAGAAUGAAUAUUAACGAUUGACCAAUCGAUGCGCGUGCUCAGUGAUAACACUUUCUUGCUCCCGUGCAGACGACUUGGCCCACUAAGUGGAUAGCAGAGCCAUGCCAAUCAAUAUUAAUCAAACUCCUCCCACUGUUAUAAAAAAUAUGCAACUACUGUACUGUAGAGGCGAUCACGUGCAUUUCGGAUUAACCGGAGCAACAUAUUUGUUCGGUUUAAGCACGUGACUUGUUUGUAUAAUUGUUUUUAGAUUAUUAAUUUGGGCUUGAGGGAAAAUCCACGAGUUAUUAAUUGAUAUCAAAAUCUCAGGUGCGCGGUUAAUCCGCAGAUCGGCUAAACCGCACGCGGAUAAUCGAGUUUACUGUGUUUUUUUUUCGGCUUUGAAUAUAAUCUUGCUCUGAACACGUUUGUUAAAAUGACAUCUCCAAUGGCAUCUCCCAUCAAUAAAGAGGUUGUUUUUUUAUGUAUUUAAUGUCAUCUAAAUAUAACGUACGGCAUUUUCAAUGAAUUUGGACCUACUUUAAUCGUGAACAUGUUACCAUUUGUUUAAAAAUGUUUGCUUACUCACAGUAGUUGUAAAACUAUCGAGGUCGUAUUGUAAAAGGUGCGUUCUCUCCAAUACAGCUCAAAUAUUGCUCCCAUGUCUUGAUGAAGCCAAUUAUGAUUAAACUACGUACAGUGCAAGGGGUAUAGGCCAAAUAUGCAAAUUCUGCAAAAUUACCCUCCAAGUUACUGAAAUUGUGAUUAUAACAUAGCAGUAACAUCGCCCCCGCACCCCCACUCUGCUACGAAUAUUCGGUAGGACCCUCCUGAAAAUAGUCUUGGGACUCGGUGAAAAUUUCCUGGUCAAACAAGCAUCAACAAUCAGAAAAUAAUGUUAGUUAUAAUAAGAACAUUGACACACUCGUGUUUUGCGUAUCACCAGCAGCUGUUGUAAGCAAAACGAUUUUUUAAAAGGCGGGAUGUAAUCUAAUUUAAAUAAAAUCUAUAUCAACAAAUUCAAACGUGACCUAUAUAUCGGAACAUUGGGUGAAAUUGAAACAGCCGUGCAAAUAUAGCCUCAUUAAAUAGUAAACAAGGCAAUCUGUUUUUAAUGCGAUACACUAAACCAUGCAACUCGCUUUCAUCAUAAGCUACCUCCCAUUGUCUUCUGCUGCUCACCCCCACAGAAAAUUAUUGCAUUUCCCUAAGCGUGCAUUGAUAUUUUUUAGCCGUAUACAGGUGGAGCAGUUUACAAAUCAUCAUGCGACAAACUCUGUGAGCCCAAAACUCUCUCCGUACGCUUGCCAUACACGGCCGCGUACUUAAAACAGACUGUCAAGUCUGCUGGUAAUUGUAGUAAUUAAUCUUAGCCUAUGUAUUGUGUAGCUGAAAAUGCUGUAUGCAGAUUAAAUGCAGACUAAAUUGAUGCCAGACAUAUGACCAGUGUUUAUAUUGAAACAAAUCUAUAUUAUUCAUUGCUGUUAUGAAAAUGUCGGGGGGAUUUUGUUUGCUUAACACGGACUAUUGCGACCAAUAUCCAUGAUAAAUGUGUUUUGGGUUAGAUCGCGUAAAUAUGAAUGUGCCAUUAAACCCACCACCCCCACCACCACCUGACGCAGCCAAUUAGUAAGGUUUGUCACGUAAACAAAACGCGCCCAUUAGUUGCUACUUCAGCACGCCGGUGUGUUGGAGAGUAAACCCGCAACGUUUACAAUUUGAGUACCGCGAGAUUUUCGCUGGGGGCAAUUUGCCUGAAUUGGCGAAGAAGCCCUCUUGUUUUGGUCUCCACGUGUGAUUAUGGAAGCCAAAGUGGCAUAGGUGGAAAAAACCCAAUUUUUCCAGCGGCAGGCAUCGGGGGUUUUUUUUUUUUAGAACCAGUUAAACCGGAUUUCUCCCAAUCUCAGAUGAUCGGGUUUAAUAUAAAAGACAAUUAAACCCGUUCGUGUGACGGGAGCAGCGUCCGAUCGAGCCAGCGAGUCGCCUCGAACGUUCCGCGAGCAAUAGCUGCCACAGUGCGCCGCAAAAAAAACGGAGCGGACACUGAUGUAAUUCACGCUUUCAGCUGUACCCGACGGAGCCGGUCAAGUCAAAGUUGACGCAUCGCACGGGUAAAUGCACCAAUUAAUUUGGUGUACCGGCACAAACGGAGAAAUGUUGAAAAGCAAGCAAAGUUUUGACAAUUUUAUCUAAAAAACUAAAAUGUUUGCUUUAUCUUCAACAUUCCGGUUUUCUGAAUCAAGUGGCAUAUUUGUUCACGUGACAGAUUGACUUGGUUGGCUCUGUCUUGUGGUGGUGGGUUAUAGUUAAAGAUUGGCAUUAUACCUACGUGAUCAAACCCAAGCGUAACUCAUUAUGAAUCGUAACAUUGAUCAUGAAAGCCUACGUAUAAGACGUGAUGUCGUCUUCACGUAAAAAAAGUGUUUUUACAAAUCCCAUUGGCCACAAGGCAUUGAGGAGUGCAUAAUUCCAGCAGUAUUGAUUAAAUACAAGCAAACUGUGGACUUUGCCUUCGAUAGUGUAUCAUCAGCACAGGCUUAAAUAAGUUGCCCUAUUUGUCUUAAAAUGUGUUUCCAUCUUCAUGUGUUCAUGAGCUGCCUUUUUGAGUUACUGUGCAAGAUUCCGUUCCACAUUAAUGGGCAAUAUUGAAUUGCCACGCCGGUGGUGUUUUGAGUACUGAAUGAGACACGUGGGACACGAGACUUUGGUUAGUGGGAGUGGUGCAAAUAUGGACAUAAGCAAGAUGUGCUUUCAGCUUGCAACACUCAUUACAAUACAAAUGACAGCUGAGGGAUUCUUGUCUGUGAUGCACUGCAACCAUCAUUCUCGCCUACAAUUCGCACGGUUGGGUACGUACGGUGCGAAAGAAGGUCAACGUACGGUCCAUACACGGAGAAAGAAAUGGUUCAUCGCUUGAUGCAAUAAAGCAAAGCAGCCUCUGUGUGCCUUAUACAGCCGGCUGUGUUUUUAGACGUGAAGUUGUGCAAGUCCAAGGUUCUGUUUAAUGCGCUACGGUGGCCUGGAAGAAUGUGCACUGUGAUAAUCCUUACGAGAGUGCGUAUUUUAAAUCACAGCAUCCACACGCUCGUGUGCUUUCGAACUUCUGCGACUGUGCGUGCGAAUUAUAGUUGCAAUUUUCAUGUUUUUAUAGCACAGGCAAACACAAGGUCAGUUUGCAAGCCUGAUACAAAAUGCGGAUUUAUUUUUGUUUUAAGGCGAGAAUUGUUUUUAAUGGGAAACCUUUUUGGGCAAAUGUGGCAUCUUGUAAAAUAUUUAUUAGUGCGUUUUGAUAACUUUGAUAACCACUUAACGUUGAGCUUUAAUGCAUGUGUUGUCCGUGCUGACAUCUCAGUGUGUAUGCUCUGUAGACAUCGGAAACAAACGCUUCUCAUAGGCAUCAGAAUCUUUAUUUAUCUUGGAAGAAUCCAAUCAGCUACGAGGUUAUGAAGGAUCACUUGCGUGUCACCGUGGCUGACCUUUAGGAUUGUCACUUAGCUUAGUUUUUUUUCGUACGAUUAGAUAAAGAUAAAACGAUAAGUGUAAAAAGUACAAAUAGAAGCCAAAACCACCCUGUUGAAUUCCACUGUAUAAUUUGUUUUAAUUUCUUUGUAAUCAUCUUUGUAAAAGUAUUUUAUAUCCAAUAUCCAUAUCAAGUUAUAAAGUAGAACAAAAUUUGUAGCCUUGUUUUAAAAAGAUUGUAAAAAAAGAAAACCUACCCUUUGUUUAAAUAUACAGUGCCCCCAAUAGUCUUUGUGAACAUAAUGAACAUACAGUUUGAGGUCAUUUUUAUAGGGCAGAUACAAUGAACCAAAGAAUCCUGGCUUGCUGUGGCUGGUUUGAAAUGUUUUCACUUGUGGUUAUUUUGUACUUUGGUAAUGGCAUAGGAAUCUCUGAAGUUACUUGAAUGUGUCUGAGUUUCUGGGCUUUUUCUGCCGGCUUCAAAGCCAAAAUAUGAGACCAGUAUUUUGUACUUGCAGUAUUCAACAACAACAAAAACCCAGAAAGUUCCUUCCCAUGGCGUUUCCGAGCAUUUGUCUUAAAUGAUAAGCAGGGUGAGCGAUAACAAGUAUAACCCGUAAAAACAAAGUUUUUCACUACAAAUCCUUUAUAUGCGUGGCGGCUAGAGUCCUCUCGUCCUCUGGCUUGAGAUGGCUGCCACCUAUGGGUCAGAUGAUUGCAUGGCAGCAUUAAGCAAUUGGUAAUUAAAUAUAAUAUUUUUGUCCUAAAAAGUGUACAAUUUUGGAAAAAAAAUUUUCACGAACAUUAAUUGUCACGCACAACGAGUCUGUGUGGAAAAUGUCAGCUCGAUUGGAUCAUGGGAAGUGGGUUAAAAAACCACCGAAAGAUUUGCACGGUCCUAAGCAAGCAAGCAAGUGAAGUUAAUAUAAAGGAUUUAAAAAUGCUGCCAACUUUAAAUACAAUUACAGUGCCGAUCCUUUGAGAGAGUCUCGUGCGUGCACAACUUGCGUUGUUGAGUCCGCGAUUCCAUCGGCAAUCAUCUGGACAAAUUCCCCUCCCCGCGAUAUUUUUUGCGCCAUUUCCCUGCGGAGGGUGACGAAAGCACCGACGUAAAGAUGAACCCCAAUCGCGGCCGCCUCCACCUCCUUUCCUACGACCGACCGCUUCGAGCGACUCAUGAUGAUGGGCAAUGGCACAUUGGGAAAAGUUGAAUAAGUCGUGCACUGCUGUCAACAUUAAAGUAUUCCACAAGAGCACAGCUUUAAAAAAAAGAAUUGUCAUACUUUAGCAUAAACUAAAAUAUGCCAUCAUGUUUUACAGCUACGUUGCAGUGUUUGGCUUUUGGAAUGUAAAGUCAUUUGUACAGGCAUUAGUAAUCCAGUGUUUACUGAUCUAGCAAAUUCCUUAAUUUAUACUCUAUUAACGUUUACUGAAGCUGGCAAUUGUGCUUCUGGGUUCUACAGAAGCAGAGAAUAUGGGUAUUGAGACGACACCUCUGGAGGAGUGUAACUACAGGUGUUAAGAAGUUAAGACACCCAAGCAGACUCCCAUUGCCAGGCAUCGUAAUAUGCGCGACCACACAUUCUUGUGCUAUAAAACGCAAAUAUGCUUUGAUAAUAUAUGCAGUCCUUGAAACCGAUUGGCCUGCACCAGAGACGGCCUCCUUUGUGGCAUCAUCUCACCAGUGCUACACCCAGAAUGCGAGCAGUACAAGGACAAUGCAACCACAAAAGCAUUAAUUGCUUGCGUCCAGCCGUUAAGUUAGUUACUGAUGUGUGGAAAGAAGCAGGCUGUUACAGCCUGCUGCCCAAACUACUCAUACUGAGCGAGUCUGAGGCCGACAUUUAACUGCUUUUUUGUCCAUGAGCCUAGGCCAGAUAUUUCACUUGUCAGUACCACCUGAGGUGGCGUAACUUUAUCGGCUCCAAUUUCUUUACGUGACCAAUGACGGUGAAUUACGACCAUUUAAAAUGAGUGGGUUAUCAAGCGACAUGUUUACUAAUAAAGUAAUUGUCUACUAUUAUCAAAUAAUCCACUCAUUUGCCAUUAAUACAUUGUUACAGCUAAGGUUUUGCUACAUUAGGUGGUACCGACAUCUGCUCUGGCCCAUGGACUACUUGCUAUCGCGCCCAGAAGAAGCCCACUCUGCCGUGCAUCUGUUACGUAACAAAAUAUCACGGUGGUGAGAUGUUAACUUCCUCGCCUGGUAUACAGGAGGUCGUGGUUUCGAUCCCGACACCGACACCUGUUGUAUAUUUGGAGAUUGCAUGUCACUCCUCGUGGUCACGUGGAUUUACCUGGUAAAAUAACUAUAAAAGGUUUAGUUUUAAUUUAGUUUUGAUGAUGGUAUCUGCAUCUAUUUUAACUUACCACAGCUGCAUUGAAUGUGCCCUUUAACAAACCUUAGCAUAUUUCAGAAAAGUUGGUACAACAGGCUUACUACUUAUUCCUGAGCUGGCAAUUACAAUCGUGAAUGUACACAAAUAUCUGCUGGUCAACUAUUGUUUUUUUUCUUUAAACAGUUUUCCACCAAUGGGUCGCGUUGCCACGCAUAUCAACGCGUUGUGCUGUUGCUCGCGUGAUUUUUAAUUGGGUGUUUUUCAGCGGAGGCACUGUAAUUUGUGAGGAAGCUCUCCGGCGUAUUUUCAGCGUCAGGAAGUGAUUCGUACCGUAGGGGUUGACGACUGGCUUUUGAAACGGUCAUGGUGAAAACGACAACAUCGCGAUACCUCAAAACGCACGGAUGAAAUCGCGUAUGCUCCUAUGUUGCUACUGAAGUUGAAGCCUGGUUUUCUGUAUACAAAUAAAAUCUGUUUACUUGA